GCAUCAUCAAAAGGAAGGAGCAUCGUAGCUUGCCAUUUGCCGUCUGGUCAUUGUUUCAUUAUCAGUAAGUACAAUCUAGGUAUUGUUUUUUUUGGCUGCAAAUCUCAUAACCUCUUCAGUUACGUCAGACGCUCAGACGAAACAUCUAUGUACACUUCACAACGCAACACAACACAACACGCACCCCAGCUCUAAGAAUUACCAAAGUCUCUCACUCGCCGUCUUGAGAUCAAGAGAUUUCUGCUACACCAAGGGAAUAACUUGAUACUUCCUCAUAAGACACAUCAUGGCUACAGACGUAAUCGAGCUCUCUGUACCCCUCCCCCGCUCUCUAGACACCCGCAUCUACCUCCGCCUUUCCACCAAAGCAAAGUCCAUUGUGCUAUUCCUCACAACAGCGACACAAGACGAGCUCGCCACUCCUGUCUCUAUGGGCUCUUUUGUCUACGCUCUGCCCAACCGGCUUGACCAGGCACAGCCAUUAUCUACCACGCUCUAUUCUUCAGAGGCAUCAGUGGAGUUUACAACACGCUUGGCGAAGCUUUUGGCUCGGAAAUCACAGCUCCCGGUGUACGUCACUAACUCGAUUAGUUUUGCUAAUGCGGGUAUGGGAGGCACGGUGGAAGAGGAGAUGGAGGCCUUCAAGGCCAUUGUUCAGGUUGUGUCAGAGAGGCUACAGCUAUCGGGCCCCAAGUCAACGGCGGCCUGGUAGGAUAAGGGUACCUGCAACCAGGUAAGGGAAUACGAAGUUUUAACACUUAACAAAUGACAAUCUUGGAAGAAGAGCUACGGACUUGCAUCACCCACCACCUUAGCCUCCGUCAAUA